CGAGUCAUGGCGGAACAACUCCAAGUCCUCAACGCGCUCGACGUCGCAAAGACGCAAUGGUACCACUUCACAGCUAUCGUGAUCGCCGGCAUGGGCUUCUUCACCGACGCCUAUGAUCUCUUCUGCAUUUCGCUGGUCACCAAGCUGCUCGGCCGCAUCUAUUUCCACGUCGACGGGUCGCCGACUCCGGGCACCCUCCCACCCAAAAUCUCCGCGGCCGUUAAUGGCGUCGCGUUCAUCGGCACUCUUUCCGGGCAACUUUUCUUCGGUUGGCUCGGGGAUAAGAUGGGUCGGAAGCGGGUCUACGGCAUGACGCUAAUGCUCAUGGUGCUCUGUUCCGUCGGCUCCGGCCUCUCCUUUGGCCACACCGCCAAGGACGUCAUCGCCACGCUCUGCUUUUUCCGCUUCUGGCUCGGCUUCGGCAUCGGCGGGGACUACCCGCUCUCGGCCACCAUCAUGUCGGAGUACGCAAACAAGAAGACCCGCGGGGCGUUCAUCGCCGCCGUAUUCGCGAUGCAGGGCUUCGGCAUCCUCGGCGGCGGAAUGGUCGCCAUCGUCGUCUCCUCUGUUUUCAAGGACCGGUUCCCCGCCCCCGCCUACGCCGUUGAUCCCAUCGCCUCCACCGCGCCGGAGGCCGAUUACGCCUGGCGGAUGAUCCUAAUGUUCGGCGCGCUCCCGGCGGCGCUCACCUACUACUCACGGACGAAGAUGCCAGAAACCGCCCGGUACACCGCACUCGUCGCCGGAAACGCGGCACGAGCCGCCGCAGACAUGUCCAAGGUACUGCAGACGGAAAUCGAGGCCGAACAGGAUAAGGUGGAUCAGUCACGCAUUCCGUCGAACAGCUUCGGGCUGUUCUCGAGGGAGUUCCUCCGCCGGCAUGGCCUCCACCUCCUCGGCACCACCAGCACAUGGUUCCUACUCGACAUCGCCUUCUACAGCCAGAACCUUUUCCAAAAGGACAUCUUUAGCGCCAUCGGGUGGAUCCCCAAGGCGGCAACCAUGAGCGCGCUGGAGGAGGUCUUCCGCAUUGCGCGAGCGCAAACCCUAAUCGCGCUCUGCGGCACGGUGCCCGGGUACUGGUUCACGGUGGCACUGAUCGACAUCAUCGGCCGGUUCACGAUCCAAGUCCUAGGGUUCGGAAUGAUGACGGCGUUCAUGCUGGGGCUGGCAGUGCCGUACCACUACUGGACAACGCCUGGGAACCACAUCGGCUUCGUGGUCAUGUACGCCUUCACCUUCUUCUUCGCCAACUUCGGGCCGAACAGCACGACGUUCAUCGUGCCGGCGGAGAUCUUCCCGGCGCGGCUGAGGUCGACAUGCCACGGGAUAUCGGCAGCGACAGGGAAAAUGGGGGCGAUCGUGGGGGCCUUCGGGUUCCUGUACCUGGCGCAGAACCCGGACCCAGCGAAGGCGGACCGAGGCUACCCUGCCGGGAUCGGGGUGAGGAAUGCCCUCUUCUUGCUUGCCGUGUGCAAUCUUCUGGGGCUAGCGUGCACCUUCCUGGUGCCGGAGUCGAAGGGAAGGUCGCUGGAGGAAAUGACCGGCGAGAACGAGGCGACAGUGGACGACGGCGACAGCUCCGGUUCGAACCGAAUGACCAUGCCGGUUUGAUGCGGUUCGAACCACAUCUAUUUGAAUUUGAAUUUUCUUUUUAAAAAAAACAUAUUUGAACUUAUUGUCCUGAUAAUUGGAAUAUCUUAUGAAUAUUCUAGAAACUUCUGCAAUGUUAUG